AUGAAUAUUGAAAAUAUAACUGAAUCAAACAAAGACGACGUAGGGCCAAUUAUAACAAAAGACGAAUUCGUUAAGGCUCUAAGGGAAUUAAAACAAGGAAAAGCGGCAGGAGUAGAUAACAACCCAGCAGAAAUAUUAAAAAAUGUUGGAAAGGAUACCGAACAUAAGCUAUAUGAAAUGACUGAGAAAAUGAAUAGGGAUGGCAACAUUCCGAAGGACUUUGCCAAAAGCAAAACUGUACUAAUCCCAAAAAAAGGAAAUUCCACAGAAUGCAAAAAUUACAGAACAAUAAGUUUAUUAACACACGCGUCAAAGAUACUUCUUAACAUAAUAAAAAAUAGAACCAAAAGAAGAUCGAAAAAGAGCUCGAUAAAGAUCAAUUUGGGUUUAGACAGGGAAUUGGUACAAGAGAAGCAAUUUUAG